AUGGUUCAAGGAACAAAACGACAGAAUAUGCAAACAAGCAGCUUGUAUCUCCAAACACCAAUGCAAGUUCUGCCCAGCCAGUUGUUUCCGGAGCCUGACAAGGUCGUAUCGCCCCGAUAUGCCCGUCUGGAUGGUGCUGUAGGGCGACUUUACCAAUGCCCAGCAAAUGUUCUCAAAGUAACUACUCCGUACAGAUCUGUACAGAAAAAGAAGAAAGCAGGAAACCUACUAGUUAACGCAUCCAACUGCGGCUUGGUUGUUGGAGUGGCUGGGUUCAAUGGCGCUGAUGAGAAGGCUACGCACAGACACCAUCUACGGCUGAGUGGAUUCGUUGGUGCUGUUGUUCCAUGGUGA